CUCUUGCUGUAGUAGACAAAGAACAAACUAGCUCUUGCCAUAAAUCUCAUGCCUACAGGAUGCUUCUGGAGGACAGAUCAAUUGCGCCUUAGUGACUUACAGAGGGAAGAAAAUCCCCCCCGAACACCUCUGAGAUGAACUAGGACUGCGUUGCCUUUAUUUUUUGGUAUCCGGAUUUAGCAAACUACAAUGAAGAUUCUGGUUUUCACUGGACUGCUCUCUCUAACAUCAACUCUUACAACAGAGUCUUCGCUGAAUGAUUCUGCAAUUAAAACCGUGUCUCUUAUCAAGACUUUCCGUGGAAUUUCACCAAGAGACUAUGAUUAUAUCCCACCUCAUGCUAUAGAAGGGGAGACAAAGACAGCCCAUAUCAAGGAAAACAAAAGUUCUUUGAAGAAGUACAAUGACUCCACUUUAAUAGAAGUGAACAACACCACGUUGGAAUACCUGACUAGCUCUCUGAGCACCAAGCUAAUACCCACUGUCUACCUCAGUGCUGUUUUACUGGGUGUACCAUCUAAUGCCAUCAUUUUGUGGAUGCUGCUCUUCAGGAUCCGGUCUGUGUGCACUGCCAUCCUCUAUACAAACUUGGCUGUUUCGGAUCUGCUCUUCUGCAUCAUGCUGCCAUUCAAAAUAGCAUACCACAUCAACAAGAACAACUGGAUUUUUGGAGAAAUUAUGUGUCGAACAACAACUGUGGUAUUUUAUGGCAACAUGUACUGCUCCAUUCUGCUACUCACAUGCAUCAGUGUCAGUCGCUAUGUGGCCAUCGUUCACCCUUUCACCUACAAGAGCCUGCCAAAACGCACCUACGCCAUUGCCGUCUGUGCCACUGUGUGGACCAUCGUCUUUUUGUACAUGCUCCCACUUUGCAUAAUGCAGCAAAGCUAUUAUGUGAAACAACUGGGCAUUUAUACCUGCCAUGAUGUGCAGAGUGCCUGUGAAACUGUAUCUUCCUUCCAGUUCUACUACUACGUUUCUUUAGCUAUCUUUGGAUUCUUAAUGCCUCUUGCAAUCAUCAUUUUCUGCUAUAUUUCAAUUAUACGAACACUCAAGACUCACGAGUGGUUCUGGUAUGUGAAAGUCAGUCUUUUGAUCCUUACCAUCUUUGCUAUUUGCUUUGUACCAAGCAAUAUUAUUCUUAUUAUCCAUCAUAUCAACUAUUACUACUACAACACAGAUAAUUUGUAUUCUUUUUAUCUAAUAGCUUUAUGCCUUAGCAGCUUAAACAGCUGUCUCGAUCCUUUCCUUUAUUUUCUAAUGUCAAAAAUACGAAGUCAAUCCAAUAUAUACCUAACAAUGGUUAAAAUAUCCAGGGAAGCAUGAAUUUUAUUCUAUAUUUAUAUUAUUGGAAUUAUGAUUUUGUAUAGUACUAACCCAGGUAGCAAUAAACCUCAGAUUUGACAAUUAAACCUAAAAAAAAAUCUAAGGUUGUUAA